AUGGACGAGACUGUGUCCAUAUGUCUGGCCGUGUUAGCCAGUUUUGUCGUGUCGAUGGGCCUUUUCGCCGCGGCGCCAAAAAUUCUGGGCCGUCUGUCAAAACAGUACAGCCUACUGGGACCACAGAAACGGGCGCAAACUAACCAAGAAUUCAAAUCAGCCAUCGUCAACUUAGUGCUGGGGUCAAUCGGGGUUUAUGUGCUCUUCUUUGAACCAGAAGUUUACCCAAGACGUGUCAGGUACAACUGCUUACUACUGAGGCAUGGAGUAGCCGGUUACCUGGGCUACACUAUUGCAGACGCGUUUCUGAUGUUGCGGUACCGACUACACGACACGAACGUGUUUCUGAUCCAUCACGUGGUUGGGACGCUUUGCGGACUCGCAGGAACGAUUCACACCUCAGUCCCGUGGAUCAUGUCAACAUUUCUGUACUACGAAGCGUCAAGUCCUUUCGUGAAUUUUAGAGCUAUAUUAAGCGCACUGGGGCUGAAGAAGACCAGACUGUACGUAGUAAACGGACUGAUGAUGAUAGCUGUGUUCUUCCUGUGCCGAGUGGCGAUAAUUCCCGUGUACUGGCGAACAGUCUACACUCUUUACACCGACGGGUCAUUUCCGCAGAUUGACAGUUUUGUGUACUACUUAAUGAUCUACGGGAGGCUGUUUUUUGACGUAUUGAAUGUUUAUUGGUUUUCACUAAUGAUGAGGACCGCCUUUGCCAUAUUUGUGUGGCCUAAAAGUGACACUAAAAUACAAGACUGA